CUUGAAUCAUGAUUGACUUACAAUAAAUCAGUGCUGUUGAGAUUCACUCUUCUAUUAGAUGUCACUUUUAUAUUUACUGUCACUAUACCCCCCCUGCUCACCAUGGUAUAAAUACUCCUCCUGUCUCUUUUUGGUUGCUGUUUCUUGCGAGUUUCAAGCGUGAACAAUGCCGGUCCCAUCACUAUUGCAGCUGUGCACGAAUACAGCAGUCAGGAACGUGAAAUAUCUGAAUGAUAUUGGCGAUGUUCCUUAUUCGCUGGCGCGUCCGUUCCUCCUGAAAAUCGAAAGCCCCGAGAAACUGAGAUCCUUGGAAUUACUGUCGCCACAGAUCACCCAGUAUGAUGACGAGUUAUGGAUGGACUUUAUCAAGCGCGAUAUCCCCCAGUGGGAUGACUACGAUCUGCCGGAACAUUCUGAUUCUUGGUAUGAGAUCUAUUGCAAUCUGCGGGAUAGUGUUCAGAAAUCCGUCGACGAAGAUGCCGAGAGGAUGAAGAUGGCCCUGGAUGGCAUCAACUCGGAACGCGCGAAGCACAGCGCCAAGUUCGUCACCGACCGACGGGUGCUACCCCUCCCGCGAGAGCGACCAACCGUCAGACAGCGGUAUGCGGUGUACGAUCGGAAGAUGGGCGGCGUCGCGCCGGUAUUCUCUCCAAGAUCUGGAAUCAGUUCGAGCGAUCCGUUUGGGCCAAGAAACGACACGAAGAAGAAGAGUAGCAUCUUCACGGCGACCAAGCGGAACACGGCCCUGGCUGUCCCAACGCAGCACCUGAACAAUCGAGCCACGCAGGUUCGACAGGCCCCACGGUCGUUGGUUGAUGAGCACCGGCGACCGAUCGAAAGCCCUCCGCUCACUAGGCGAAAAGAGUCACCCGCCAUGAUUGCGCCGGGCCGGUCGAGAUACCACAUCAGUCCCAACAUCAGCAGAGGACCCGUCCCUACGAUGACGCCAAACUUACAAGAGAGAGAAGCAAGGCUACGGAAGAUCGCCGCGGGCAAAAAGCCAAUACCUUCUCCUGCUUCACGACCGCUACCUUCGUCCGCUCCAAGCCCAGCUGCCGCGAAGAAAGAGGUCAACCCAGAGCCUCGAUCGCGACCGCCGACCUCCGCCAAAUCUACACAUACCACUACCUUAAACCCCCGGGCGGACCAUUCAUCGGCACAGGCACAGUCUCCCCCUCGACAGGCAAACUGCCCCCCUGAACAGGCCCAAUCCCCCCCUCGACCCGUCAUGGCCCGGAAGCGACCCGCUCCAAGUGUAUUCAUACAGCCAAAGAAGAAGCGGGUUACCUGAGAGUACAUACAUGACCAAACAGCAUUUGACAUAUGAUGCUGGCGUGACUGGCACUGGUGUUUUGGCGAUUGUCAUUUAUUAUUUUGGUUCUUAUCCUUUUUAUUAUUUUUUCCUUUUGGUCUAGAGCUAAGGCGCAUCGGCAUCGGACUUUGGAGUCGGAUCAUUAUUUUUUCUUUUGGCAGGGCACCUUUUUCCCGUGGGUAGUUUAUAGUUGGAUAAGAUACGGAGUAGACAGACAGUACAAGGAUAGCACAUACAUAACUGC